AUGGCCAGCUGGGGCACUGGCAAAAGUGCGAGCACCGAGGGUGCAGCCGCCGCCGCUGGCGCCGCCGUUGGCGCCACCGCCGCUGGGCCCAGCGCGCCCAGGCUUGUAGCCGCCGCGGCCAGCCCCACCACCGGCCGCCGCACCCGUGUGCUGCAGCAGGUCGCAGAUGUUGAGCAGACACUUACGCAGCUUGAACAGGCUGCGCCGCUGGCCGUGGCGCCGCUCGCCCUGGAACGCCAGCCCGCCACGCCACAGCGCCAGCCCUCUCUGCAGGGCCACCCGAUGCAGCGCCUCUGGUCGGCCUCCAGCACCACCACCACCACCAGCGACAGCAGCGACAGCGACAGCAGCAGCGACAGCGAGGACGAGGGCGGGCCCGGCGCCGCCGCGGCCCGACUCGCCCGCCACGCGGCGCAGCAGGCGGCCCUGCGCCAGCGCCUGCAGCAGCAGGCCAGCAACAUCCUGGCCGCGCCGCGGCCCUCUCCCGCUGCAGCCACCGCGGCAGCCCCUGCGGACGGCACAGCAACCGUGGUGCGCGUGUGCCAGGGCAAGAAGUGCGCCGCCGCCGGCGCUGCGGCGCUGCUGGCGCACUACGGUGCGAUGCCCGGGGUGGUGGCGCAGCCCAGCAAGUGCCUGAAGCAGUGCCGGCGGUGCGUGGCGGUGGAGAUGGCUUCCCAGGCCGGCCCCACCUGCGCCUCUGCUGCGCUCUACACUGGCGUCAGUGAUGCAAACGCCGCCGCAGUGCUAGCCCUGCACCGGCAGCAGGGCGGGGCGCGAGGCGCCUUGCCUGCCGCCGGGGCGGCGCGGCCAGCUGUGCCCUAG